UCGAGGAGCCAUUGUUUGUUUGUUUAGAUAAGGAAGGAGGAGGUGGGUGUGUGGGGGGGGGGGGCAUGUGCCGAGGGACCGAAGCAGAAAGGGCCCUCUGACCCCAUCCGGACCCAGAGUCCCGCCCUCUGGCUGUGUGGCUUUGACUGACAGAUAGCAUCGGUGUAUCGUGGCUCUUUAUCGGCUGCUCCCUGUGAUCGGCCCCCGCAGCCCGAGAGGGCGGCUCUGUUGCCUGCAAGUCAUUGGGUGUAUUUCUUGGAGCGGGUGAGCUCAUACUUCCAACAUAAAGACGCAUUGAGUGAAGUGGGACCGUUGGCCAAUUCUGGAGGGUGAUUGUGCUGCUGAGGCACACAUCCAAGCUCAGGUGGGGUCGGACCUCAGGAGGAGUGUUGCAUGGAAGAUGUCUGGAAAACGUGACUGGACUACAUGGAUGAGAAAAAGAAGCACUCCCGUAUUGUGCGCUCUGGGCGCCGUGCUGCUAUGUUGCCUUCAGAGCAGCGCCUCUGUCUCUGAUGAAGUCCCAGAGUUCACAGAGGAGCCCAGCUCGGUGGUGCAGAAGCUCGGAGGCAGCGUGAGCCUACGCUGCGCCGCCCGCCCCGCCUCCGCCUCCAUCAGCUGGCGCCUGAACGGCCGGCAGCUUACGGACGGAGACUUGGGCGUGGCGCUGGGGCCCGCGGGCUUGUUCAUCGCCACGCUGUCCAACGUGACCUUAGGUCGCUACCGGUGUGUGGCCACCACCGGGGUUGGGGCCCUGGCCAGUGUGCCCGCUGACGUCACCGCAGCUAAGCUGCGCGACUUUGAGCCGGACGACCAGCAGGAGAUCGAAGUGGACGAAGGCAACACGGCCGUGAUCGAGUGUCACCUACCCGAGAGCCAACCCAAGGCGCAAGUCCGCUACAGCGUCAAGCAGGAAUGGCUGGAGACAUCCAAAGGGAACUACCUCAUCAUGCCGUCGGGCAAUCUGCAGAUCGCCAAUGCCACGCGGGAGGACGAGGGCCCGUACAAGUGCGCCGCUUACAAUCCCGUCACUCAGGAGGUUAAGACGUCGUCCUCGGCCGAUCGCCUACGCAUACGCCGCUCCACGUCGGAAGCGGCCCGCAUCAUCUACCCGCCGGCGUCCCGCUCUAUCAUGGUGACCCGGGGCCAGCGGCUGGUGCUGGAGUGCGUGGCGAGCGGCAUCCCCACGCCGCACGUCACCUGGGCCAAGGACGGCCAGGACCUGCGCGUGCACAACAACACCCGCUUCCUGCUCAGCAACCUGUUGAUCGACGCCGCCGCCGAGGGAGACUCGGGAACGUACGCCUGCCGGGCCGACAACGGCGCCGCUGCCGUGGCCGCCACCGUGCUCUACGAAGUGCAAGUGUUUGAGCCUCCUCAGGUGGCGGUGGAGCUACAGCAGCAAGAGGUGUUGCUGGGCGAGACGGUGCGCUUCACCUGCCAGGCGCGCGGCAAGCCUGCGCCCGCCGUCACCUGGCUGCACAACGCCAUCCCCUUGUCGCCGUCGCCACGACACCGCCUCACGCCCCGCAUGCUGCGCGUCUCCAACGUGGGCCCGCAGGACGAGGGCUUGUACCAGUGCGUGGCGGAAAACGGCGUGGGCAGCUCGCAGGCAUCCGCUCGACUCAUCGCCGUAUCCACCGGGAUCACAUCCAGGGGCAAGCUGCCUGCCAUCUUUCGCCCGCUCAGCCCGGACAAAGUUCUGAGGGAGCAGCCGCCCGUGAGGCCCGGGGCGGCGGGGGCCACGCUGCCUCUGGACUGCGCGGCGCUCCCGGGUCAGAUUCUGCCGGCUGAGGCGCCCGUCAUCCUCAGCCAGCCUCGCACGGGCAGAGCCGACUACUACGAGCUCACGUGGAGGCCGCGGCACGAGCGGGGAGCCCCCGUCCUGGAGUACAUGAUCAAGUACAGGAAGGUGGGCGACCCGUCGGCCGAGUGGACGUCCAGCAGCAUCUCGGGCUCCCUGCACAAGCUGACGCUGGCCAAGCUGCAGCCAGACAGCCUGUACGAGGUGGAGAUGGCGGCCAAGAACUGCGCCGGCUUGGGCCAGCCGGCCAUGAUGACCUUCAGGACUGGGAAAGGUCGUAAAGGAUUGGGAGGUCAUAACGAUCUGCCCAAAACUCCCGCUGUUCCGUCGCCAAGCCUUUUGCCUCCCGAGGCGCCGGACAAGCCGACGGUGUCCACGGCCACGGAGACGUCGGCGUACGUGGCGUGGAUCCCGCGCGGCAACCGUGGCUUCCCCAUCCAGUCGUUCCGCGUGGAAUACAAGAAGGUGAAGAAGGCGGGCGAAGACUGGGUGACAGCGGUGGAGAACAUCCCGCCCUCGCGGCUCUCGGUGGAGAUCACCGGCCUGGAGAAAGGGACGUCCUACAAGUUCCGAGUGGUGGCGGUCAACGUGAUCGGGUCCAGCCCACCCAGCGCCCCCUCCAAGGCCUACACGGUGGUGGGCGGGAGGACCCACGAACGCCCCGUAGACGGACCCUACAUCACCUACAACGAAGCCAUCAAUGAGACCACCGUCAUUCUCAAGUGGACGUACACUCCGGUGAACAACACUCCCAUCUACGGCUUCUACAUCUACUACCGGCCCACGGACAGCGACAACGACAGCGACUACAAGAAGGACGUGGUGGAGGGCGACCGCUACUGGCACUCCAUCGGCGACCUGCAGCCCGAAACGGCGUACGACAUCAAGAUGCAGAGCUUCAACGAGAAGGGCGAGAGCGACUUUGGCAAUGUGGUCAUCCUGGAGACCAAGGCCCGCCCCCACCAUCACAGGCCCGUCCCCUCCGAGGGCCCCGAGCGGGAGACGGGCCGCUCGGGCGGCCUGGUGCCCCGGCCCGGCGACCUGCCCUACCUGAUCGUGGUGGUCCUGGGCGCCUUUGUCUUCAUUAUCGUCGUCUUCAUCCCCUUCUGCCUGUGGAGGGCCUGGGCCAAGCAGAAACAAACGUCAGACUUGUGCUUCGUGGCCGCGGCCGCCCCCGUGUCGUCGCCGUGCCAGUACACCAUGGUGCCCUUGCAGGGUCUGGCCCUGGUGGGGCGCUGCCCCGCCGACGGCCACCUCGCCGUCCCGCACGCACUUUACCCUCCCAGCGAGCACAACGGCAAAGCCCACCACGAGCACCUGGCUCACGGGCUACCGGGGCUCCAUCAGGAGGAGGUAGACAUGGGCAUGGAGUGCAACAGGUUAUUACCGCAGCAGGGACUGGCCAACGGGUACCACUUCUGCCCCAGUGAUUCUGAGCAUCACGAGCAGAUGUUUGAGUCAGUUGAUGAUUCCUCGCUGCAGCUACUGGGGUCUUCCCGUCACCUGGACGGCCAGCAAGAGUCCACACCGGACGAGGACGGGGCAGGAGAAGAGCUUUCCCAAAAACUGGCAUCUUUCCCAGCCGUCGUAUCUCUGGAAGACGAAGGAAUUUUCACCACGUCGUCGUCGACCGCCGCGACGCCGCAAUCCCAAGAUGCCGUACAGGAAGCCAGUGUCCCGCCCAGUGAAGUGACUGGGUAAAAAAAUGUUUAGAGAGAAAUCUUAUUUAUUUUUUUACCACAAAUAUUUAUGUAUUUAUGCCUUUGUACAUACUCUGUUUGAUAACUGUAUAUAAGGAUCUUUUCAUAUUGAAAGAAGUUCUAUUCACAAGUUCCACUCUUUUGUCACGUGAGUUAAUAAUGCAAAUUUUAUUCAUAAUUCUCAAUUGUUUAGCAAAUUUUAAUUUAAGAAAAUACAUUUUAGAAAAUAUAUAUUUUUUCUAAAAAAAAAGUCAAAAAUAUGUUUUUGCAAUUAUGGAUUUUUUUUUUUUUACAGUAAUUCAAAAUUUUUCCUUUUAACCAGCACUUGUCACAUGGCUCAUUCCAACACCGUCUUUAUAGAUCUGUCAAUAACGCUUUUUUGUAUCGAUUAUGUAAAGAAAUAACCACAUUGUGUGAAAAAGACGAUAUAUUGUAGUUAUUUAUUUUUUUUCAAGUCACUGAACGGGAUUGUGGACAUCCUUCUAUCAGUCGCCGAUAAGCUCAAGCCAUACCUGCUUCAUUACCAAAAUAGCCACCUGUGACAGGUGUCAGUAUUUCUCACAUCGCUCUUUUAAGUAUUGUAUUACGCCUUUGUUGUGCCAGCAAAAAUGAAGGAAAUUCACAGUGUAGCUUGUCUUUUUUUUUCUGCGUGUGUGCUCCAACAUGAGCUGUAGCAUUAUUGCAUGUAAAUAAAAGCUUAUGAAGCCGA